UGUCUUACUGGGUUUGAUUUGCUUUCUGCCAUACAACGCUCACCAUCCCCUGGAACACUCUAUCAACUCUUCUCAGAGUCGGAUUCACUAUUUUAGUAUAGACACCAUGUCCCAGACUUCCAACUCGCGUCCUCCGUUCGAUUCAGCGUACCGAUUCAGUGCUGGUGUCCCUGGAUGGUCAGAUGCUCUAAACAUAGAGACACUGCGACAAACGCCACCCUCAGUCGUUAUCACCGGAGAGAGUCUUUGUGUAAAGUACCCGCAGCUCGCGUACACUGAUCUCAAUAUUCCCGCACUGGAGGAGCUUAGCGGCAAAAAUACUAUUGAUCUUACUCUUUUCCGAAAAAAAGACUCGCAAAACUCCAGCCGCGCAGCUUUAUUAUUCAUGCACGGCGGAGGUCAAAUCGUAGGCGACCGCUUCGCCGGAAUCGACCUCCUUCUAGCUUCUCUCCUAGACAACGACGACAUCGUCAUUGCCACUGUCGAAUUCCGGCUUGCUCCCGAAGAUCCCGCUCCGGCUGGAGCGUAUGAUUGCUAUUCCGCUACGACAUACUUGUACGAGCACGCCGCCGAGCUCGGCAUCGAUUCGUCCCGCAUCGCACUGUUUGGAACUUCCGGAGGCGCGGCAUUGGCAGCAGCGACUUGCUUCCUGGCUCGCAAGCGACAGCACCCUCCUAUUCUCGCUCAGAUACUCAAUAUCCCCAUGCUAGAUGACGGCGAUGAGUGGCCGUCAGUAAAGCAGUUCGAAACCGGAACAGUGUGGCCGGGGAAGACGAACCGGCAAGCGUGGGAUUUCGUCCUUGGUAGUGAUCGAAGGGAGCAAGAUAUCGAUGGGAUUCGAUGUCCAGGCAGAGCCACAGAUCUUUCCAACCUACCGCCUGCAUAUAUUGACGUCGGGCAGUGCGAGGUUUUUCGAGACGCGGCGGUUGCGUAUGCAUCGCGGAUCUGGCAGUGUGGCGGCUCGGCCGAGUUGCAUGUGUGGCCUGGAGUUUAUCAUGGGGCUAUUGUGAUUGAGCCAAAUGUUGCCAUAUCGCGGACUAUGAGGGCUGCGCUGAAAGAGUACAUUCAGAGGACUCUAGGGCUUGGCUUGCAUGAAAAGGCCUCAGGUUCCCAAUUGUGAUUUGUUGGCUCUAAGGGAGUGUUGUAAGGACCAAUAGAUGUUUCUAUCUAUACACGGCAUGUUAAGUCAAACUAGUGCAAUUCGCAAGUAUAAGGCUGACGUGAGAUGUUCAUGUUUAGCGUCGACAUGCUAUGUAUCAGUCAGUCCCGGCAGGAUAUUCUAGCUCUUAUGG